CAGGAUCUCGGUCAUUUGUUGCAACAAUGACUAUACCGAAUUCUAUAAGAAAACUCAUACCAAGAAGAACAAAGAGUGGAUUGAUCCUAUUUGCGCCGUGAAACAUUCAAAGAUGUUGAGCUUGCGAGAAGAAUCUUCCCAAUCCGGUGUGCAAUUAACAUCAGAGGAGAUGUCUAGACAGGCACUUGGAAAAAGGAAGAGAUACAUUCUUAGAUUUAGGGUUGGGCUGAAGCCCUCUUCAUCUUCUUCCACACCUAGUCGUGUGUCACAAGACCAUGUUGGGGAGUUGCAGAAACUUAAAGCUGAGAUGGAGGAGAUGAAGAUGGAGCGUGAGGAGCUGCGGAGGCAAUUGGAGCAGGAGAGGAGAGAGCAUGAGGAGGAAAAGAAAGAGCGAGAGGAAGAACAGAAGCAAAUUGCACAUCUUACAAGUUUGGUGAUAGAGUUCUUAAAGGAAAAGACCAAACACACAAGUCAUCUAUCCAUCAUAAUGGGGCCAUGUAUUCAACUGGUGGUACAAAUACUCGUUGAUAUAUGGUGGAGUUAUGAGCAUGUGAAAUCUAGUUUCUGGUACAUGGAUAGCUUUUGUUCAGAUGAUCAUGGUGGAGUUGUCUGCAAGCAGAAUUUAGUUUUUAGUAUAAGAAUAUUUUUAUCUACAUGAUGGUUGUUUGGAUGAAUAGCAAGAUCAGAUAUUUUGGGAUUUUUAAUUUACAUUUUGAUGUGUUUGGUGAUGAUUAUCACCUUAACAUAUGGUAUGGAUGAAACAUUGUGAUGCAUGGUUAAUAGGUAUGCUUAACGUUAGACUUAUAGAUGAUGAUAUUUAUAAUGAAUGAUUAUGGAUUCUCCAACAUU